AUGAAUUUAGCAGCAGCUUGCCCAAAGGAAUUAAAGACUUCAAUUCCCAAUGCUCAGUUUUUUGUCGAUUCAGUAUAUGGCAGUAAAGAUACCACAUUCUUGGCUCAUUAUGUUUAUUAUGCAUUCUACUUUGGAAUUCCCGACAGAAAAGCCCUUUGCACACGUGACGAAAAUGUAGAUUGUUCAACUCCUGUUCCUCGUCGUAUUAAACGUAAAAUAAGUGAGUCAGGUAGCGAUAAUAAUGAAAGUGAAGAAUUCAAUUUUAAUAGAGCUUGUAAAAAAGUUUCUCAGCCUGUUACUACUAAAAAAAAAAGCUCUGUAAACACAAAAAGAUUUUAUGUUUUCAUGGAAAAUGAGGUAGAAGAACAUGAAAAAUUAGAACUUAUAGGUGAAGAUUCAUUCAAUGAAGGAUGUCCUCCCGACGGCUAUGAUAACGUGAAUUAUACUAUACCAUGCCGUACACUUGAUAAUUUCAUAAUAUUUGAUGUAAACAAUAAAAAUCGAAUUGCUAGUAUUGAGGAAAUUGAUGAUCUAGGGAAGGAAUUGCAUGCCGCGGGAAUAGUAAAAGCAAUAUAUGUCGAUGAAGAUGAUGAAGAACUUAUUAAAUUUUUGCACAAGCAAGAGGACCUGAAGCUUGACAAUGAUGACUUGGAGAUUAUUCGCAAUGAAAAGAUCACUGGUCAUGAUUUUCUUCAGUUUACUGAAGAAAAGCUUUGUAUUUAUGGCAUGAAGGGUGGACCUGCAUCAAGACUUGCAGACUUCGUCAAAGAAGUCAAAGAGAAAAAAUUGAAGCCAUACUCAUCAUAUAGAACUCUGAAAAAUCUGCAUGAGGUAUUAAAGAAGCAUGGAAUUGAUAGUAAAAAUAUAGCAGACAUACCCCAAUUCAAACCAGUAGUUGAUAAUAAUGAGGCAAUGCGUUGUGAGUAUAUCUCAUCUAUCUUACAUUCUGCUAUUCAUAUAGUCAAGAGCAUUACCAAAAGAAAGAUUACCAUAAGUCCUCAGUUUGAAGUGAUUGGUGAAGAAAAUACUGGUCAUGUUGACUAUGCAAUUAAAAAAAUUCUGGAUGACACAAAUAUCCUGGAGGAACUAGUCUGUAUAACUGAGGGAUCAGAUUGGUACUUCAUAUUAUACACUAGCAAAGGUAUCUGGUGCACAAGUAAAUCUGAAUAUCAUAUCUCAUUAACUGAAGCAUCCCUGGAUGAUGAUACUAGACUUUGUCAAGGAGUAAAAGAAGUUAUGGAAGCAAUCGUUGGGUUGCUAAAGGAUAGGGUGUCUGUUAAUGAUGAACCUGCAACUAAGAGGCAUUGUGUGGAAGGAAAAACCAAAGGAUAA